AUGAGUGCAGUGACUAUGAGGAGGAAGAAUAUGAACCGCAUCGAGUUGGUUCCUCAAAGAAGUGCUGCUACAAAUGGUGGUGGUGGUGGUUGUGGUGUUGGACUUAAUUCAUCUUGUGUGCUAUCGCCAACCAAUAAUGCAACAUCGCCUACUAAUAAUACAACAAUAGUGAUGGGUGAGGGAACAACAUCUAAGGGUGGUAUGAUUAGUUCUGCGAGAGGAAGUAAUCAAGAUAAGAAAAACUCUCCCUCUAAUCAAAAUAGACCAUCUACGACUAGUUCGAUAUUUUCAAUGACAUCUUCUGUAAAGUCUGCAAAGAUUGUUGAGAGUAGAAGUUCUCUUAUCAAGAAGGCCAAUGAUCGUUUUGCACACAAGAAAAUGUCCAUCUCUGAUAGAAAUUCAACAUUCCCUGGAGUUAAUGAGUACAGAUUUGCAAAGGAGAAGGAAGAUAUUAUGGAAUCUGUGCUCGAUAAGAUUAACAAUCUCUCCAAUCAUUCGUACUUUACUGGCUCUGAUGAUGGAAAAUCUCAAAAGAGCUCAGACCUCUUCAUCAUGGGCAAAGCUCCAAGUGUCUCACAAUCUCAACAAUCGACUGAAUCUCAACUCUCCUCACAAUCUCAAUAUCAAAGACAAUAUAUUGAAUGGAAAAAUGCAAAAGAAAUCAAUGAGAGCAGUAAGCAAAUUGCAGAAACUAUCAAGAAAAGAGAAGGACAUGUUCCAUUUGGUACUUUUGGAGUGUUCCAAACUGGUAACUCAAUAUAUAAGAGGGACUUUAUUACAGAGGAUGCUCUGAAGAAGAGAAUGAAUGAAAUUGAAAUUGAGGAGAGAGGAAGUUAUGUUUUGAAUAAUCCAUGGGAGAAGAAUGAUGACGAUGAAGUAGCAGACGAAGAAAACAAUAAGGAAGACUCUCCAAUAGCUGAACAAACAGCGAAUGCUGAAGAGAACCAUAGACAAACAUCAGAGAAUGAAGGAAACAAUAACUCGAGGGCCUGUACUCCUAUGGAUAUUGACAAGAGAAGUUCGAGCUCUGGCUCUGCGCAAGAGGAAGAUCCUAUUGAAAUUAUUGGAGAGGAACCACAUCCAGAAGGACAGUCAGUGGCCAUGAUCAAUGUAACAAAACCAACAGACUUUGAUGCUGCAUCUGUGUUUAGCUGUAGUACUCAUCACAGUCUAUACUCGAGAAGAUAUGCACCUUCAACAUGUUCAUCAACAUUUAGUACAGGGAAAAAGGGUAUUAAGGGUGGUAAAGCCAAAUAUAUGCCUAGACCUAUGGCUUCCUCGCUGAUAGAGCCUCGAUUAAAAACAUCGAGUUCUGCUCAUUCAUCCAAUUCCCAAACACCACCUCCAACAUCACCUUCUUCCUCCACCACUCUUUCCAAAUCUCUCAAUAUUGAUGAUGUGCGUAAAAACUUUACUCCAAUUUCUUCUAGGCAUAAUUUCCCCCAAGGUAGAAAGAAUACUUUCAAUUCGAUCAUAAGAUCGAGUGAUGUACUGUCCACCAACUAA